CCUCUCGUGCGCACAAGGAAUAAAGGCGCGCUCCACGCGCGCACGAGGAGGUUGUCUUCCCGCACUCCACAACCACGAGGUGACCACCGGACGCUUCUCCCUUCGCCGUCCUUUUUCCACAUUUUUGUUUCCCUUUCUCUUCUUUCCCCCCAAACUUCCCCAAAACUCCUCCAACAAAGAAUGGCAGCUCUUCCCACCCGCGUGGUGUUUUUUGGGCUCCCCAGUCGAGCGCGCCGUUGAACUUGGCAAGUGCUCAGAAGGUGAGCGUGCGUCGGGGGGCGGCGAUGCUGCGGGAGCCCCGCUAACCAUGGGCGUGUUGGAGUCCAACUCCAGCGGUAACUUGACCCCUGCCGCGUCCGGCGGCGCGCUGCCGCUGCCGGGCUACCUGGCGCUGUUGCUAUCGGUGCUGAUGGUGACGCUGGUGGCCACGGUGGUGGCGGGCAACGCUCUGGUCAUUCUGGCCUUCGUCGUGGACAAAACCUUAAGAACUCAAAGCAACUACUUCUUCCUAAACCUGGCCAUUUCAGAUUUCCUCGUGGGUGCCUUCUGCAUCCCAGUGUACAUCCCGUACAACCUGACAGGCAGGUGGAUGUUGGGCAAGGGUCUGUGCAAGGUGUGGCUGGUCAUGGACUACCUGCUCUGCACCGCCUCAGUCUUCAACAUUGUGCUCAUCAGCUACGACCGCUUUCUGUCUGUCACGAGAGCUGUAAAAUACAGAGCGCAACGCCACAUGACACGCAAGGCAGUGUUGAAGAUGGUGGCGGUGUGGGCGCUGGCUUUCCUCCUCUAUGGCCCUGCCAUCAUCUUCUGGGAGGCAGCGGUCGGCUACAGUGUGGUGCCAGCUCAAGAGUGCUACGCAGAAUUCUACUUCACCUGGUACUUCCUGCUGUGCGCCUCCACCUUUGAGUUUUUCACCCCCUUUGUGUCAGUGGCCUACUUCAACCUAAGCAUCUACCUGAACAUCCACCGGCGCAACAAGAAUUUGAGCGCGGGCCUCAACGAGAUGCCGACCCCCAAGCCGGUGAAGAAGCAGCGGGAUGGUGCCGCUUGGUCCGUGUUCUUCGUCAAGACGCGCAAGGUGUCGUGCAGUGAGCCCACCGCCAUCUCUGCCGUCAUCGAGGACGAUGAUGGACUGACGCCGUCCUCCUGCGUCAAUCUGGACGCCGGUCAGAUCCUGGCGCACAGGGAGAAGUCCUCGCCGGGCGGCAGGAACUCCAGGUCCUUCCAGCCCUCGCCGGCAGUGACAGCGCCGGGCCGCAGGGCACCAGGGUCCCGCCUUUCCCGCGACAUUAAAAUCGCCAAGUCGCUGGCCGUCAUCGUGUGCACUUUCGGUAUCUGCUGGGCUCCUUACACGCUGCUGAUGAUCAUCCGCGCCGCCUGCAGCGGGACGUGCGUGGCCAACUACUGGUACGACAUCACGUUCUGGCUCCUGUGGCUCAACUCGGCCAUCAACCCGUUUCUCUACCCGUUGUGCCACAGCAGCUUCCGAAGGGCUUUCUCCAAAAUCCUGUGUCCUAAGAGACAAUCGGUCCAGCCUCAGGUGGUGGAGCCACAGUCGUGUUAGAGCGUGAAAAACACUUGAACCAAUGCAAAAACUGCCAAACUGUGUAAAAACGACGAAAAAAGAAAAAAUAAUAAAUUUUCUUCUUCCUUCAUCCCAAAAAUCCAAUAUAUGAAAAUAAGAGUCUUUGAGGAUGCUCAAAGCACAAAGAUAGAAAUCAUAAGAGAGAAGACCUCCGCCAAGGCUGGACAAUCCAAAACCUUGUGACCCCCCAAAUUACUUUUGUUGUAUGUGUAGUACCUGAAUUUGGGUCCGAAGAUUACAGCGAAACCUCAAAAGUGAAAACAAUCAUCUCAUCUUACCUUUGUGUGGGUCAUUCCGCAAUUGGAGGACAAAUUCUGUCCCAACUUUCAAAUUUUUUAAUACAGUAAUUUUCAGACUAUGAGGCGCACCUGACUAUAUGCCGCCACCCACCAAAUUUGACACGAAAAAGGCAUUUGUUCUUAGAUAAACCGCACUAGACUAUAAGCCGUAGUUUCCUUUAUUGUAUUAUGGGAUAUUUACACCAAAAUAUGAUAACCGGUAACACUUCAUUUGACAACAGCAUCAUAAGACUGUCUUAAGACCAAAUGAACCACCAUGAAGCUUUGAACCAAUUGACUUCAAGAAGCUUCAUUUGGCCAUCACUGCUCCCUUGGGGGAGACAGUCAACCUCUGCUGACACCUCCUGUCAACUCUGUUGUCAUCCAACGUUCCUCCUAGCAUGCAUUGCGGCACUACAGAUGAAAAUAACAAUCAAAAUUCAUGUUCUGUGCUCAUUUUUUUUUUCGGUUACUGUUCCAGUUGUUUAAUCAAUUUCUAGUUAUGGUAUUUGGUAACACUUUAUUUGGCAGUGGCGCCAUAAGACUGUCAUAAGACAAUCAUAAUUAUGACAUGACACUGUCAUCAGCAUUUAUAAAUACUUAUAGUACAGUACCGCUCAAAUAGUGGAGUGGGCGCCCCAAAGGGGGCACAGAGUGAUGCCGUUGGUGGCGCAUGUGACCUCGUGGAGCAUACUUUUUUGCCUUACUAGAAUAAAGCAUUCACACAGUAGGUGGCAGUGGCGCUCUCAUUUUCAAAGUGCGCAGUUAUUUUUUGACCAAACAAUAGCGCACAGCAAAGAGCGCUGGAGAUGUGAAGAGCUAAGACGAGGAAAUAUGACAAAGCGUAUGUAGCGUUUGGAUUUGACUUUUGAUACAGUUGGAAACAAGGAAAGACCAGUCUGUAUCUAAAACUGUUUGCAACGGACAGCAGUAAGCUAAAUCAAUUAAGACGUCACUUUAAAAGAUUAGACCCCAAUCACAUUGAUAAGCCGCUUGAUUCUUUUUUUCAGCGAAGACGUGCUGAAUAUUGCCAACACUCAUCCUGCUUGGUCAGUGUUAAAUCAGUAAACCAGCGAGCACUGUGACCAUCAUAUAAGGUGGAAUAACAAGUUGCUCAAUGUAAAAUAGCAAAAAUUAAAACUGCCCCUCUGUCCAAUGACAGUGUUGUUUUUGUUCUAUUAUUAUUAUUUUCUUUUUUCCAGUCAAAUGGUUUGACAUAUUGUUCUCAUGAGUUAAUAUUGCUAAUCAAUUUGAAUUUAUUAUUAUUUAUUGAUUUUAUUCAAUUUCAUUUUUCAGUAUUAAAUGGUCAAAAAAUGUACUUUGAGUGUAUUUUUACAGUUUGAAUGUGACUUU